GCCCCCACCCCCACUGUGAUGUAACCCCCUCUCCCCAGCCUGGGCACACAAUGGUCUGGGAACGGCUCCAUCCCCACCCCUCAGAUAUAAAUAGGCCUCCGUGGCCCGGCCAGAGGAAGAGUCGCCCUUGUCUUGGGGACUGAAGUGGAAGGGCAGCAGCAGCGAACACCCCCGCAGAGAUGGCCCGUGCCGGUGUGACCCUGGGGGCCACCCUGCUUUGUCUCCUGGCCUGGGCCGGCCCGUGCGCCGCCGACCGGGUGUACGUACACCCCUUCCACCUCCUCGUCUACAGCAAGAGCAGCUGCGAGCAGCUGGAGAAGCCCAGCGUGGAGCCGCCCAGCGAGCCAACCUUCGCGCCCGUCCCCAUCCAGGCCAAGACGUCCCCCGUGGACGAGGAGGCGCUGCGGGAGCCGCUGGUGCUGGCUGCCCGGAAGCUGGAGGGCGAGGACAAGCUGCGGGCGGCCACGGUGGGGAUGCUGCUCAACUUCAUGGGCUUCCGCAUGUACAAGACGCUGAGCGAGACGUGGACCGCCGCCCGCGGGGCCGUCCUGUCCCCCACGGCUCUCUUCGGCACCCUGACCUCCUUCUACCUGGGGGCCUUGGACCCCACGGCCCGCAGACUGCAGACCUUCCUGGGCGUGCCCGGGGAGGAUCAGAGCUGCACCUCCCGGCUGGACGGCCACAAGGUCCUCGAUACCCUGCAGGCCAUCCAGGGCCUUCUGGUCCUGCAGGGCGGGGAAGGCAGCCAGGCCGGACUGCUGCUGUCCACCGUGGUGGGCCUGUUCACGGCCCCCGGCCUGCGCCUGAAGCGGUCCUUCGUGCAGGGCCUGGCCCCCUUCGCCCCCGUCACCCUCCCGCGCUCUCUAGACCUGGCUACGGACCCAGAGCUGGCGGCUGAGAGGAUCGACAGGUUCAUGCAGGCCGUCACCGGGUGGAAGAUGGGCGGUGCCCCGACGGGGGCCAGCCCGGACAGCACCCUGAUCUUCAGCGCCUACGUCCACUUUCAAGCGCAGAUGAAGGGCUUCUCCCCGCUGGCUGGCCCCCAGGAGUUCUGGGUGGACAACACCACCUCCGUGUCCGUCCCCAUGCUCUCGGCCACGGGCACCUUCCAGCACUGGAGCGACGCCCACAACAACCUCUCCAUGACCCGGGUGCCCCUCAGCCCGAACGUGGGCCUGCUGCUGAUCCAGCCCCACUGCGCCUCGGCCCUGCAGGAGGUCGAGGCCCUCACCUUCCAGCACGACUUCCUGACCUGGACCAAGAACCUGGCUCCCCGGGCCAUGCGCCUGACCCUGCCGCAACUGGUGCUGCGGGGGUCCUACAACCUGCAGGACCUGCUCGCCCAGGCCAAGCUGCCCACCCUGCUGGGCGCCGAGGCAAACCUGGGCAAGAUCAGCGACUCCAACGUCCGUGUCGGACAGGUGCUGAACAGUGUGCUGUUUGAACUCAAAGCAGACGAGGGGGAGCAGCCCGCAGAGCCCGCCGAGCAGCUGGCUGGGCCUGAGGCCCUGGAGGUGACCCUGAACCGCCCGUUCCUGUUUGCCACUUACGAUCAAGACUCCACCACCCUGCACUUCCUGGGCCGUGUGGCCAACCCGCUGAGCGAGGUGUGAGGCCGCCCCGCCGUGGAUACUCGGCUGCCUCCAUGGGUGCGCGAAGCAUGGGGCAGCGUCCCUCAGCAACACUGAUCUGUCACCACCGUCCUCUGCUUUUUCUUCCAAUGAGUCAGCCACGAGCUGGCAGGCAGCCGCUUCUCCUCUGUCAGCGCUGCGCUGUGUGUGGGAGCGGCAGGCCCUGCGGGGGAGUCAGAUCCUUGGGUCCUUAGGUUUAUCAUGGGAGCGUGGGGCAGGGUGGGGGGGUGGCGGCAAGGACCAGCGCUCAGCACAGCACAAAAUGUCCUUGUCCCAGAAAGAGUGCGUACAGACCCACGUGUGUGGGAAACCAGUCAUUGUUUCCUCUUUAACUGGGAACAGAAAUUGGGUUUUAAAAUUAAAACACAUGUUCCUCACC